CAGCUGGACACUUCCGGGUGAUAGAGCAAGACAAAGAAGAGGUCAGACUGAAAGAUGCUGCUGUCAUUACCAGAUGAAUCAUUGUUGAUUAUUUUACGAUUUCUUCAUUACAAAGAUAUUAACAAUGUGUCCUGUGUGAACAAGCGGUUUCAACGACUGUGUAAGGAUGAUUCACUAUGGAAGUGGCAGUGUUCACACUAUUUCCUCAACUCUCAGUGUGAUAAGACAGAAACCUGGUAUGAACAUUUUGUAUCAUUGUUCAGUGAGUAUGGUAGAUAUACACAUUACAAGGAGAUCCGAUGUGCCUGGGAUAAGAUAGAGAAGUUCCUAGAGAAAUACUGUCCUACAAUCUUGGCUUCAUUGCAAGACGGAGUGUCAGAGGGGGAUUUACAUGCAGUAGAGGAUCACAUACAGCAUAAGCUACCAGAAGAUCUGAGAUUAUCAUAUAGGAUACACAACGGUCAGAAUCUGCUAGCUCAGUCACCUGGUUUGAUGGGUGGCUGUAUGAUUUCUACACAUAUAAGGACAGAUUCUCUGGUACCACUUGAGGAAAUGAAAAAUUCAUACCAGACAGAAGGACCAUUAGCGGGUUGUGCAUUCCUGUCCCUGGAUCAGGUCUGUAAGGCUGCACAACUUAUAACUAUAUCAGGUCAAGGAGGGUUCAGUGAGGGAUAUGUGUACUCAUUCAUGCAUGACCCAGAUAGGCCUUCUCCAGACUGUUUCAUAAUGGGAUCAACUUUUCUGGAAUGGUUGUGUGAUUAUGCCAACAAACUGGAGCAAAAUUCUUUCUAUGUUGCUCAUGAACAUAUUUUCAAAUUUUACCAUGAGCCUGGUUGUGUGGAUGGAAACAUUGGUAUUACAGUAAAACCAACAACAUGUUUCAUACCUGAGCUGAGCAGAGUUUACCCACCACAACACUUCUUUGCUUACAGAAUUAUGAUUGAAAUGUCAGAAGAUACGCCACCAGACCAGGCAUGUCAGCUUAAAUCCCGGUUCUGGCAUAUUAAAGAUGGCGAUGGUAAGGAGGAAGAGGUCUCUGGGCCUGGAGUUGUUGGAGAAUAUCCAGUGAUGAAACCAGGUGCGAAGUUUGCUUGGAUCAGCUGUUCAACAUUUGAAACACCUACAGGAGAAAUGAAGGGGUCUUUUAAGUUCAGAAACCUCAGAACAGGAAUCGAGACAGAUGUUCCUUGUCCUCUGUUCUGUAUGAAGGCCCCGGCGUGUUUGACAGCCGCAGAAAGGCGGGAAAUCAUCAAGGCUCGACAGAAAGAAAAUGGCUGAUGGGAAAAUGUGUUUGGUUAAGCAGGUACUAUCACAGGGUUCACCGUAUCACAUCCAGCAAAGCUGAUUGUCGGCUUUUUGAGCAGAAAAACAAAAACUAACUACUUGAUAUUAGGAACCAGUCUGGAUGGUUCUGCUGGUUACCAGCUUAAUGAUAAUGACAGAACAAGUUUCAAACUUGGUUGUGGGAACCAUCCAUAAUCAUUGACUUUACAAUCAUCAUCUCUUACAAACAAAGAUAAUCUCACAGGAAAGACUGUUUCAUGCUGGACACCAGCUGCCUGAAUGAUUUCCAUGGAUACUUGACUACUCAGGGACAAUUGGACAGCUAGACAAUGGGAAUAUUUAGUUGUUAUUUAUUAUUGAGAAUUACUUAUUCUGUUGUGUACACUCAAGGACUUUUAAGAUGCUCCAUCUAUACAUUUGGAAAAUUUUAUCCAAGAUUUUCAUACUGCAUAAUUAUAUUUAUGAAAUAUACACGAUGAUUAAGGGUAUAACUUGUCAGUGCUAAAUGAAGCGUGACUACCGAUUAUGGAGCUCAUAUUUGGAUUUGUUUUAUUCAGAUAUACAGAGAAUCGGUAAUCAUCAUCAUUGUCUUAUAAAAAUAUCAAAUACCUGUCAUUACACCAUUAAAAGAUACAAACAUUGACCAUUCCUUCUACUGUUAAAAGGUUAAAUUGACUUUUAUGUAACAAAACACCAAAGUAGAUGACAAUGUAUUUUAAAACAUUCGCAGGAUGUUGUCGCUUGUUCAGUAUAUUUUCGGUGACUCUCCCAUACUGAAAUAACUGGAUGGUGUUUGUUAUUGUUGCUUCAAAAAGUUUCAGUAAAAGAUGAGAAACACCUAUUUUUGAGGAGAACGAAUGUCUAUACUUGUUUUAAUGAACUAAUCUUUAAUUUGAUAAAAGUUGGAAAUUUUUUUUAAGAAAAACUGUUCUUCACAAGUUUAUAAUCAGUUUCAGUAUGUAAUAGCAUUAAAAUAAUUUUUGUAAAUGCA